AUGACGGAGACGUUCAAAUUGUCCGACUACGAUUGUGUCGGUUUCGACCUAGACAAUACGUUAUGCGAAUACCGCAUAGGGCCCAUGGUCCAGAUGAUUUAUGACGUGCUGAUCGAUUACCUCAUAAAAAACUAUAAUUACUCGGACAGACAUCUGCGGCAGCCGAUAGAUUUUGAUUUCUUUCAGCGGGGUCUGUUUUUAGAUGCUGAAAAAGGUAACAUUUUAAAAAUCAACGGUACCGGUCAAAUACUGAGAGCAGCCCACGGCACAAAAUUCAUGUCCGACGAAGAAAUCGUAUCCGUGUACGGCCCGAACAGGACGUGGGCGGUGACCGAUGUGUUUGUAGACAAUUUUAUAGAAACAUGGAACGGACCCAUGUCCGAAAAAAUCAGACCUCUUCUUGAUUUUUUUGAUAUUCCCGUGUCACUUGUAUUUGGACGUUGUGUAGACGGCAUCGAUAACAUAUCUCGCCCCCAAACCUAUAAUGUCUGGCCUGAUGUGUUAAAAGGCUUGAUCCAUAUGUACUCUAGGGAGAACUUUUCAGCAAACACUGGCGAUUAUUUUCCAUACUUGAAAUCUACUCCCUCUUUAUAUUAUAAUAAAUGUCCAGACUAUGUGCUCAACUGGCUUAAAGAAUUAAAACAAACUAAAAAAGUUUUCCUGAUUUCGGGAUCACAUGUCGACUACGCCAAUUUUACAGCUACACAGUCAUUAGGUGAAAAUUGGAAAGAACUAUUUGACAUAGCAGUUUUUUAUUCAAGAAAACCAGGGUUUUUCACUACGAAUAGACCAUUUUAUAGCACCGACCCUCAAAUGUUAAACGAAUGUGAUAUCGUGGACAACAUACAGUUUAACAAUAUUUAUAGUCAAGGUAAUUGGGAUCAGUUACAUGAUUUAUUUAAAAGAGAAACUGGAAAGUCUAACCCAAAGUGCUUGUAUGUUGGCGAUAACAUACUGCAAGAUGUCGUAGCUCCUGCCAAGUUCUCUGGUCUAGAUACUAUAGCUGUUGUUGAGGAAAUGAAAUUAGAUUCAAACGAUAAUGAUAUUAAUCCCGACAAUAACAUGUUAAGAACAAACAAAUGGAGUUCAUAUCUGGUCGACUCCGACAAAAAAGACACAUCCAUUUGGACUUCCUUCAUUGCCAAUCACGGAAAACUUUGUAUUCCAUCCAUAAAGAACUUGGCAAAAAAGCCUAUAAAUUUUGAAUUUACACCAUUUACCAAAAAUAAAAUCAUAUUUAACGGUAAUGGAUUUUUCCCAUUUAUACCGAAUAGCUUAUACAAAAUUUUAAAGUAA